CCGAUUGCAUUAGUACAAUUUCAAUCGCGAGUCUCGAACGUUUUCCCGGACGAAAAUCCAACGAAUUACCAAAAAUGAACAAGUUGCUGAUUUUCGCCCUUUGCUUGGGUGUGGUCUGUGCAGAUCUAGAAAGCAGAACCAAACGGGAUGAAUUCCACUCUCGCCACUACGCUGCCCAACAGCAGGCCAUUUUAGAGGCUCGCAAGAACGCUGGCCUUGAAGGCAGCGCCUCAGUCGGUGGUUACGGAGGCGGUUACGGAGGUGGUUACCAGGGAAGCUACUCUGGCGGAGUCGCUGGCCAGGCUGAUGGCUCCUCCGGCAGCUUGGGAAAACUGGAGAGCUCCUACGACUCGGUGGGUGUCACUGAAUCCGCCGAAGGUGUCGUCGCCGGUGGUUCCGGUGGUGCCGUUGAGACUCUGGGCGGUGGUGCUGAGGUGGGACUUGGCGCUGGAUCCGUGGGUUCCCUCGAUGUGAACAGUGGUGCCGCGUUUGGCUCUGGUUUUGGUUCUCAGAGUGCUGGAUCUUUUGGUGCCCAGAAUGCUGCUUCCUUUGGCUCCCAGAACGCCGCCUCUUUUGGCUCCCAAUUCUCGACCAAUUUCCAGACCAGUUCCGCCUCGAACUUUGGAACCACCGCUGGCCACCACGUGGGCAGCAAUGUCCAGUUCGCCGACAACGCCAAUGCCGGAAGCAAGGUCGAGUUCGGUGGCGUCAACGCCGUGGACUCCAGUGCCCAGUUGCUCAGCGGAGUACAGCAGACCGUUCAGACGGCUCCCGCCUCCUCUGGUUACUACAGGCACGAGAAGAUCGUGACCUCGGAGGCUGCCCCCCAGCAGGUGACCUACACCGUUCCCGGCGGAUCCCAGCGUUAUGUCCACCACGAGGAGCGCAUCGUGGAGCAGCCCAGCCAGGUGCGUGUCGUCCAGGCUCCCGUUCAGACCGCGCACUUCUACCAGCGUAAGGUGACCACCACCGCCUCCCAGCCCACAGCCCGUUUGGUCUACGGGUCGAACUCCGCCUCCAACUUUGGCAGCAACGCCGCCUCCAACUUCGGCAGCAGCUCCGCCUUCAACACGAACUUUGGCUCCUCCUUUGGCCAGAACGCCGCUCUGAACUCCGCCUCCUCCUUUGGCCAGAAUGCCGCUCUGAGCUCCGGCCUUAGCUCGGGACUGAACUUCCAGGGUGGCCAGAACAGCCACCUCAGCCAGAUCCUCUCGCAGGCUCAGCUGAAUGCCCGCCAGCAGGCCUCCUCCGGUUCAUCCACGGCCAACCAGGUCCAACUUGGCAGUGGCUACAACUCCGCCUUGCAGUCUGGAUCCCAGUUUGGAUCUCAAUCUGGCUUGCAGUCCGGCUCCCAGUUCGGUGCUCAAUCUGGUGCCCAGUUCGGUUCUCAGUCCGCCUUCCAAUCCGGCUUUGGCUUUAACUCCGCCAACUCCCUGAACUCCGCCAGCUCUCUGAAUGCCGGAAACAGUGCCUCUCUGCUCAGUGGAUCCUUGCUGGGUGGCAGCCAGGGAUCUCUGUUGGGCGGUCAGCAGUCCUUGGGACUCGGACUCAAUGCGGGUCUGGCCGGCGGACAGCAGUUCGGAGCCGGUAACUCCGGAAGUGGAUACCAGACCAAGCAGUGGGAGAAGCAGUCCAAGUGGUCUUCCCAGUCGGAGUUCGAUUCCAAUGGCAAUGUGAAGAGCUACAAGGAUCUGGCCACCGGCGAGAGCGAGAACUAUGACAUCAAUGGCAAGAAGACUGGUUACCAUGCGGCCACCGCCUCCGUCGAUGACAACGGCAAGAUCGGCACCUACAGUGUUCACUCGUAAACGAGUGACAGUGAUCUGCAGUCAAAACUAGAAACCUUUCGUGUUCUUAUGGAGUGCGCUAAUCAUCUCCAAAUGUUUGUGUAAAAUAAUGUGAAAGUAAAUGAAUUGUUUAAAUGUUUAA